AUGGCUUUUUCAGGUAAGAGUAAACUUAACUCUUUGAAUCCUUUUCUUGAUGGUCAUCAGAUUCUUAGAGUGGGUGAUCGUUUGCAUUAUACUGCUCUGAAUUAUUCUCAAAAGCGUCCAGCUAUACUUCCUGCAGACCAUCCUUUCACUAAAUUGUUAAUGACUCAUUUGCAUAUCAAAAAUCUCCAUUUAGGACCUCAAGCGUUGUUAUAUUGCACUAGAGAAAGGUUUUGGCCACUUCGUGGUCGAUCGAUAGCUAGGAAAAUUGUACAUAAAUGCAUAGUUUGUUUUAAACAUAAACCCCUUGUUUCAAAUCAACUUAUGGGAACCUUGCCUCGAGAAAGAGUAAACCCUAAUUAUCCUUUUUUGCAUUCUGGUGUUGAUUAUUGCGGCCCUUUCCAAAUUAAAUAUAAACACCAGAGAAAAGGGAAUUUCCAACGGAUUUAUGUUGCAAUAUUUGUGUACGUAGCCUUGAAGGCGAUUCACUUAGAAGUGUUUUCCGAUUUAACAACCGAUGCUUUUCUUGCUACCUUAAAGAGUUUUGUGGCUAAGCAUGGCAAAUGGUCCACAAUAUCAUCUGAUAAUGCAAAAAACUUUGUUGGUGAUAGUAGGGAAUUGCAGCGAUUGCAGAAUUUAACUAGAUUUCCUGAAGAAAAACUAGCAUCCUAUUUGGUAUCUGAAGGGAUAGUUUGGAAUUUUAUUCCUCCCAGAGCUCCAAAUUUCGGGGCCUCUGGGAGGCAGGGGUCAAAUCCUUUAAGUUUUACUUAA